GAUGUAUUUUUGCACAAUAUUGCAGAAUGUACUAAAAAGAAGCGAGAAAGAACUUCAAAAAAUGCCGUUGUUUAAUCGGAGUCAAGAACCGGUUUUGCCGGGACAUCUCCCUCUCCCCACUGGGCCCUAUGCGGUGGGAUAUCAGGAUAUUAUGACUCCAGGAGAUCCGACUAGUGGAGUAUAUGUCCGUGUUUACUAUCCAUCGAUCCAUCCUGUCAAUGAAACAAUAAACAUGUCUGAGCUGUGGCCGGUGUGGGCUGAUGAUGAUUAUCUCGUCGGAUUUGUUAAAUUCAUGCAGAUUAUGUUGGAAAAGUGGCCGAGCUGGGCGCCUAGGGGAGAGUUUAUGUACUUUGAUCAGAUGAAGGUCAUUGCCCCCAUGAUGCAUAUUGGAUGCAAGCAGGUGUUUAAAUUGCUGAACGGAACAGUGCACUGUCCUAUACUAAAAGGAGUUCAAAUCUCAACGGAAAAAAAGUGGCCUUUAAUAGUUUUCAGUCAUGGGCUUGGUUGCAAUAGGUUUGCCUACAGUAGGAUUUGUACUGAUCUAGCCAGCCAUGGUUUAAUUGUUGCAGCAACUGAACAUAGGGAUGGAUCCUCCAGCUUGUCCUCAUACUAUACAGAGGACAAGAAGAAAACAUGGAUUCCCCAUAGAAAACUCUCAGAUCAGGACAAGGAGUAUGCGGCCCGUAAUCAGCAGUUGCAGCAGCGCUGCUCCGAGAUGCAGAGAACAUUGGACCUUAUGAUCAAUCUCAGCUCAGAUACUACUGAAGUACUGAAUAUACUUGAGGAUUCUGAUGAUCUGAUCAUGUUUGAUAUUGUAGAUACUACUGAAGUACUGAAUAUACUUGAGGAUUCUGAUGAUCUAAGCAUGUUUGAGGAUCAGAUAGAUCAUAGUGAACCUGUAGCAGCUGGACAUAGUUUUGGAGGUGCAACCACUCUCUUAACUCUUCAUAAAGAGAGCAGGUAAGAACUACAGGGUAAACAACAAACAAUGGGA